CCGUGAACGAUCCAAAGAGUGAAGCCAGUGCUUCAAAAUCUGGCUUUGCUGAAGCGAGCAGCACACCUCUGAUUCCUGACAGCACUCGGGCUCUCUUGCAAAAACCUUCCUGGCAACAUGAGUGAAUCAGCUGAAGCUUUGGCGGCUAACCUCAAGAGCCGGAGAAAUGUCACCAUCGAGAUCAACAACAUCAGCAACGCCCACUGCCUCAUCGACCCCAAGAUUUACAUGGACAGCGGCCACUGCCACAUCCCCCCCCAACCCACCGUCAUCCCAAUGAAAACCGAGUUGUGCAACUUCACCAAGACCUCCGCCAAAGCCAGCGGCGCCGUGGGGCUCCUGAGCUACGACCUGCUGGAGAAGUCGAGCAACAGGGUGACGGACAGACUGGUCCUGAUGUUCUCCGUGCCGUACGACAACAGCAUGUACAAGAACUGGUUCGGCCUGGCGAUCUACGGCACCGACAAAGAGGUCAACGAGAAGCUGUUCAAAGAGAUGUACUACAACAAGGAGCAGCAGGGCUUUCUGCGGGCCGAGGCCUCGGGCUCUGGCCUCACCUUUCAGGGCAGGUGCUUGGAUGUCAUGGCAACCAUGUCCCCUUUGGGCCGGUCCAUUAUGAAGGUAGAGAUAUGGGACAAGCUGUUCAAUCCCCCGAUGAGUCAAGGCCCUUACUGAGCCGGUCGUUCAUCAGCAAAAUAAUCAAAUUAGGAAAUGCACAACUCUUCUCCUGUACCAUCUGUUCAUGCAAUAAAUCACGUCUGAUAGAAA